AUGGCGUUCAACCCGCGAAUGUCCAUCAUCCCGCCGGCGCAGCAGGCCCAGUCCCGCGCCCGCAAGAAGGAGGAGGAGGCCGACGCCUUCAUGCGCCUGCCAGACAAGGAGAUUGUCGGAUGCAUAACAGACAUUGGCAUCCCCUUCACCGUGCAGGACCUCCAGAAGCCCAACCCGCUCCAGGUCCAGAUGAUCUUUGAGUGGUUCGCCGAGCUGCUCCUCAACGCGACCCGCGAGUCCAUCGAGCCCGCCAUGCGCGCCGCCGCCGAGGACGUCUGCGGCGAGUUCGCCGACGUCGUGCCCCCAGACACGCGCAACCUCAUGGGCUUCUACGUCUCCCUGCGGCGCCUGCUGCUCGAGACCGGCAUCACCGACUUCAGCUUCACCGACCUCUACAAGCCCACCCACGACCGCCUCGUCAAGAUCUUCAGCUACCUCAUCAACUUUGUGCGCUUCCGCGAGAGCCAGACCAACGUCAUCGACGAGCACUUCAACAAGGCCGAGGAGACAAAGACGCGCAUCGAGACCCUCUACGGCGAGAACCAGGACAUGGAGGCGCGUCUCGAGGAGAUGAAGCACAACCGGCGCGCGAUGGAGGUGCAGGUGCGGGAGAAGACGUCGCGCAACGACGAGCUGAAAAAGACGCUGCUCGAGCUGCGGUACAACCAGGAGAAGGUGGCCGCGCGGCUCGAGGAGGCCAAGGAGAAGAAGACCCAGCUGACGCAGCGCCUGGAGCAAAAGACGGCCGACAAGAUGAUCAUGAAGCAGGAGAGCGCCAAGCUGCGGCCGUACACGCUGCAGAGCCCGACGAACCUCCAAAACAGCUUGGCCGAGCUCAACAACACGCUCAACGCGGACAAGGCGCACAUCGACUCCCUCGACCGGCGGGCGAGGGCGCUGCAGACCUCGACAGACUCGUUUGGCGUGGUGGCGACGGAUGUGGCGUCAUGUAUCAAGCUGCUCGACGAAAUCCAGAUGGAGCUUACCAAGGAGGAGGAGGAGAGCGUGCGGAAUGCCAAACAAAGAGACGCCCUGUCAGAACGAGGCAACAACGUGCGCGAGGUUGAGCGGACGCAGGCCCUUCUCCAGAGGCAACUUGCCAAGUGGGACGAGCGGACAGAACGGCUGCGCGAUCAGAGCCGCAUCAAGGCGCAAGAGGCGAAAGAGAGGCUCGAGGAGCUGCGCGCGCUGCACAAGAAGCUCACGGAGGAGCGAGCCGAGAAGGGCACCGAGAUUGAGCGGCGGAGAGUGCGAAUCGAGCAGACGGAGAAGAAGAUGCUCGAUCUCAAGGAGAACAUUGAGAACGAGGUCCGCGCUGCGUACGACGAGUUCCUCAAGAUGGAAUCUCAUAUCAAGCUGUACAUCACCGAGAUGGAGCAAGCGAUAUGA